AUGGAUGAUUUAGAUUUCACAGAUAUUGUGAAUAAACCUCCACUUAAUGUUUAUCAAACACACCGAUCUCUAUUGGACGUCUUUGUCAUCAAUUGUUACCAGCUAUUGACCCAGAAUUCAAUUAUAAAUACGUCUUCAUUAUUCAAUUCUUCAACCCCACCUGCACAAAAUUCUAUAGUUAUUACACCGCUAUCAAAUACUACAGAUGUACCAAGUAGUAGUAGUAAUAAUAUGGACAUUGGUUUAAGUUCAUCUGCUGCAUUAAAUGGUGAAUCAAUGAAUGCGAGUCCUAUUACACUUGAAUUACUUCCGAAAAUGAAGCAAGAUCUCCCACAAAUCUUCAUGAUGAUGUCUCAAAUUUAUAAUGCAAUGGUAUCAACAGUUGCUACACUAAACACAUCACCUAAAUCAGGAUUUGAACUUUUUCAACGAUUCCAACAGAUUAUCAAAGAAUUGGAAUUAAGUUUCGAAGUAAGCCCUUAUAAUCGUUAUUUUAAUAAACUAGAUGAAAGGAAUUAUAGCAUUAAGGAGCGAUUGCAGUUACAGGAUGAUGAAUUAUUCCAAAAGACUACCUCGUACAUAUCAACCGUUUAUGAUUUACAAAAAAGUACAUUAUACUCUAAAUAUGCUUGUAAGAAUAAUAAUCAAACGAAGCAAUUGCCGAGGAAGAUUGCAAAUACAAACGUAGGUGCAACAAAAACUUUUACAACUACCGCCACGACUAUUAAUAAUACUAAUAUUCAUAAUACUAAUACUAGUUCUUUACCAACGAAGAAUUACAAGAACCGAAGUCGAAAGGAUACGAUAAUACAAAAUAAUAAAAUAAACAAGCCCGGUAAAUCUAAUUGGAGGCAGCAGCAAAUAAGUACUACCAACUAUAAUAAUAAUGAUAACAUUCUUUUUAAUCCCAUGAAGAAUGCCCAACCUAAUCUGUCAUUGGAUUCCACGAUUCCCAUCGGAACGUUGGAUCCAUCUCUGCUAGAUGUACCGUUUUCUAAGAAGUCACAGGCAUUACAGCAAGAUUUUAUGAACUCAAAAGCAAUAAAUGGUUAUUAUACACAACCUACUAGUCCCGGUGGAUUAAAUCUUAAUUUUGGUGAUGUUGUAAAUGAUCCCUCUUUUUUGGAAAAUAAUACUCGCAAUAAUGACAAUACUAAUAAUGCUAUCAAUUUAAUAUCAAAUGGAAACAUUACCACUAAUAUAGCCCCUGAUGACAUUUUGAAACGAAGAUCAUUAGGUACGUUAGAUGUCUGCAAUUUAGAUGAAACGACGGUGGAAGAAUUUUUGCAAUUAACAAAUGAUAGCAAAAAAAAUCAAAGAACAGAAAACGACCUUGCAAAUACUGGUCAGAAUAAUAAGAGUAAUAAUAAUAAUAAUAAUAAUACAGACGAGAGUAAUACGAAUAGUGCAAAUACUGGCAAUGUUAUUAGUGAGCCUUCAAGUUCAAACAAAAUUGAUAAGACAACAUCUAUGUUGGUUGGUUCCUUCAAUGUAGAGCCUAAUUGCAACACAGCUUCCCUUGAUAAUAAUAAUGAGAAAGGUAAUAACCGCGAUUAUAUCCGUAUAUCCGGGAUGAAUUCCAAUGAUCAAUUAGGACUGUCAAUACAACCUUCUAUACAGACAGGAGCUCACUUAGAGAUAUACAUACAGGCGUUAAAAAACUCAUAUGGUAAAGCUGUUCAAGAAAAGGAUAAUAGAAUAGCACAUUUACAACAAGAAUUAGAAAAUGAACGACAAGAAGCACAAUGGUUAAGGAGGGUGCUCAUUGAAGAUAUGGCAUAUAUAAAAGGUGAUUUAAAUAAUAUUAAGAAAUAG